AUGUACUUUAGGGAUGACGAUAGAGAGGAUUUAACCGAGGCAUCCGCGACACAGGCAGAGAAGGAGGAGGUGGAUUCCCGUUCAGUAUAUGUUGGUAAUGUGGACUAUGGCUGCACACCUGAGGAGGUGCAACAGCAUUUUCAGUCAUGUGGUACGGUAAAUAGGGUGACUAUUUUGACCGAUAAGUUUGGCCAGCCGAAAGGUUUUGCUUACGUAGAGUUUGUUGAAACUGAGGCUGUGCAAAAUGCUUUACUUCUGAAUGAUUCCGAGUUGCAUGGCCGUCAGCUGAAGGUAUCUGCUAAGAGGACUAAUGUUCCUGGGAUGAAACAAUAUCGAGGAAGACGUCCCAACCCUUAUUUUGGAUCAAGAAGGCCGUUCAUGCCUGGUCCACCUGCGUACCCUCCCUAUGGUUAUGGGAGGGUUCCAAGGUUUAGGCGUCCUAUGCACUACAGGCCAUAUUGA